AUGGCAACAACUGCGAUCAUUGCUGCGUUUGAGUCCGCUGGUAUACACUCGGCAGCAAAAACAAUUAUGGAUAAGACGGUCGCUGGAGCAAAGAUGGGUGCCGAAAUCGGCUCUUCAGUAGGUCCAAUAGGCACUGCAGUGGGUGGAGCUAUUGGAGGUGCUGUUGGUUUGGCAGCCGGUCCAGCAGGCAAAACAGUGAGUGGAGCUAUUGGAGGUGCUGCUGGUGUGGUAGUCCGUUUUUUUUCGUCCAAGUCUAAUUAA